UCAAAAUGUCACCUGCAAAGCGAAAGUUGGGAUGUCUUUGAAAAUUCCCGAUUUUGACUUAUUUGCGUUAAAAAUGGAACUAGUUAAUAAUUAAUUUAGUCUUUCAUAUAUGAUAAACAUUGACAUUUCAUAGAAUGGCUGCUGCAUCUGUUCUUCCUUCAACGAGAAGUGAACUUGACCUGUUUCUGAAAGGCGACAAACUUGGGCAGAAAUUUCAUGAAUUAUUCCAGCUUCCGGAAGAAAAUAACGUCCAGAAAAAGAAGCCAGAUAAAAAGCCAAAGAAAGCUAAACACAAAGUGAAAGAUAAAAAAUCAAAGCGUGAUGCAAGCCCCGAGGAAGUACCUGAGAGUACAGUGACUAAUCUAGAGAUUCCUGGAAAUCCUUCAACAUUCAACGUGUACGCUCUCGUUAGACAGACACUUCUAGAAAAAUGUAUGAAAGAAGCAACAAAGGUCUACCAGAAAAGUACAGGCAAUUUUUCUGACUCUGAAACUGAUGAAGAGAUUGAGGAUAAAAGCAGAGAUGUGGCCGUCAAAAUACCCAAGAUUGUUGGGCUUGGGUUGUGUGGUGUAUUUGAGUUGGUUAGAGAGACUCGGGCCAACUACCCAGAGUUAUGUGUGAAGGCAAUGAAAGCACUUUUAGACAUGUUACAAGGACAGCUUCCAGAAAGUAUGAAACAUGAACCAACGGAUGUUGUCGAUGGAUUAUUUCAACUUCUGAUGGAUAUAGCCACCAAUUCUGGCCCUGAUUUUGUACAUCAGGGACUGUCACUGACAUCUCUGGCAUGUUCAGCUUUGAUCAGUUUGGUGAUAGCUCUAGGAGAUACAGGCAAACUCUUAACUGCUGUAGCUGCUCUACUAAUGAGCACCGGCCCUCUAGCAUCAGAACAUAUAAAGGUACCAGGUAUAUUGACAUCUCUACAGAAGAGUGUACAAGCAGUGUUACAGGGGAAGACUCAUCUACCAGACUGGUUUACACAUGGUGUAAAAGAACAAUCUAGACUGUUCUCCUUUACUCUACAAGAUAUACCACAUACAUCAUCUGUAGAUUCACAAGGUAUAUCUGCUAUAACGUCAGAUGGACGUUACCUGUAUAUACACAAUAAAUAUGGACUAUUCAAAAUAGGCUCAGGCUAUGGUGGAUCAUUAAAGGGUCAUAUUGUAUGCUACAGAGAAAUGUUACCAGCUAAGUCAAGUGUAUGGCUGGCAUAUGCAGGGACAUUGCUGUUAUGUAGAAUAGAUAAUUCAUCUCAGCUGUGUACUAUCAACACUGACACACUGGAAGUGGAGAAUCUAUGUGAUAUGGAUGGACAUGGUGUUGCUCCAUGUGCCAUGUUUUGUGAUGGAGAGCAUAUAGGACAAAUUACAGCAGCAAAAGAUGACAGUUUUGUAGUACGUAUGUUUGACCCACAUCAAUCUCCUAUGACAGUAGUCAAUGAAUUACCUCUUAAACUGACGAGAAAAUGUGUGGAUGCGUUCGGUGUUGAUAUUUCUGAUCAAAACAAUAGUGAUAGAAGAACAAUAUGUACCGGGUUUGAUGAAGAUAUAGCAUCAAUUACUUCUGGGAAAGAGUUUAGUCUAGUCAGAACAACUGGAGGAAAGGUGCUGUACAUGGGGAAAGCUGCUGCUCUUGGAAUAAAACAGGGUGGACCUACUUCAGGAAAGUGGGCAGAACUGCCGAUAACAAAGUCUCCCAAAAUAGCUCAGUUAGCAACAGGACAUGAUGGUCAACAUGCCUUACUUGUGACAGAAGAUGGCAGUGUGUUUUUUGUAGGCACACCAAGACGAGGAGAAGAUGGUGAUACAUCAACAUCAAAGGGAAGAAGACAGCCCAAAGCUGUCAAACCAAAGAAAAUGAUCCGACUAGAGGCAAAGAAUGUAGUAUAUGCUGCCUGUAAUAAUGGUAGUAGUGCUGUGAUCACCAAGGAAGGCGGAGUUUACAUGUUUGGUAAAGAUACUGCACAUUGUCAUCAAUCCAGUGGUCAUGUGACAGAUUUGAAGGACCAGAUUGUUACCCAGAUAGCAUUGGGAAAGGCUCAUGCUGUAGUACUUACAAACAAGGGACGUAUUUAUACAUUCGGUAUCAACAAUAAGGGACAAUGCGGUAGAGAUUUCAAUCCUGGAGCAAGCAAAGAUGUUGGUAGUCAGAAUGUGAACAUGACAGAGGAAGAGGAAGAAGUAGAUAUGGAAUCUAUCUUGUGCCCACCAGGGAAGCAUAAGUGGAAGUUAGAUCAGUGUAUGGUAUGCUUUGUAUGUGGUGAAUGUACUGGGUAUGGUCUCGGCUGCAUAAAUUCUGGCAGGCGAAAAGACAGAAACCCUGGCAUGCCGUGUGGUUGUGGUGCUGGUGAAGCAGGUUGUACAGAAUGUGGAGCAUGCAGAUCUUGUGCCGGAGAACAGUUAGACGGUGAGGAUCUUGACGUGGAUUUACUCAAGGGCAAGGACGGCCCAUUUGACCUUGCCAAGGACAUAGUCCACCUCAACCUUAUCAUGGGUGGAGGGAGAGAAAUGAAAAAGGCGGGACCUUUUGCCGAGCUUCUUGCCAAGAUGGAACGCUCUAGAGCUAUGAUACAGAAAAACUGCGGGAAAAUAGGCGGCAAAAUGAGAAGAAUGCCAGUAGUACAGAAUUUGCCUCCACAUAUAAUGGGAAUGAUGCAUGUAUUUAACGAGAAACCUUCAAACAAUAAAGAAGAUUUAGAGGAGCAGGAGGCAGAACACAGUAACAAGAUAGUGAGUCUACCACCACAGGAGAUAACCAUCGGAUCUGGAGAUAUUCCCAUCACUCAAAUAUCAUGUGGCAUGCACCAUACUGUUAUCUUACUACAGAAUGGAGAGGUUUAUACAUUUGGCAGUAACCACAACGGACAACUAGGUGUUGGUGAUACAGUGACAAGGGGCAGUCCUACACGGGUAGCUUUACCAAGUAUAGCAUGUCAAGUUGCAGCUGGUAGUCAUCAUACAGUUAUUCUGCUGGCUAAUGGACAAGUUCUUACUUGUGGAAACUAUCAGAAAGGUGCACUUGGUAGAGCAGAUAUUGAGGAAGGUGCAAAGUCAAAGAUCAGUUCUGUCUGGUAUACGGUGCCUGCUCCAGUACCUGGUGUGGGAGCAAGAUUUGGUCGUAGAGCAACAUGGAUAGGAGCGAGUGGAGAUCAGACAUAUAUGAGAAUAGAUGAAUCAUUGAUCAAUGCACAUAUACUCUCAUCCUCUAAAGUGUUCGCAAAUCAAACUACAAUUGGUCUGAUACCAAUGGGAGAGGACAAUGCAGGUAUCAUGAAAUGUUUGAUGAUCAACAAAGUGGAUGGAAACUGUCGCAGUUCAUUUGCCAUUACUAGUUUUGGAAGUGGGGAGCAAGUUGACCUGUCAUGUAAAGCAGUUUGCCUAGAUCCAGUAUAUAAUGUCCUCUGGAGUUUCAGUCAGGAGAACAAUGAGAUACAGUGUUAUAAUGUUAUAGCAGCCGAGGCUCGUAGCUUGAAGACUGAGGAUACUACUGUAUGUGAACUGUUUAAACCAGAGUUAUCUGUCCCUAUUAAAGGUGGCGCUGAGGCCACCAGAUCUCACUGUGCUCUGCAUGUUCUAGGUUGUUUAGAUACACUGACAAUAGCAAAGCAGUGCAAUCUUUCUGUGUUGGAGGAAGCAAAGGAGAAAGCUGCAUCAACCAAGAUAUACAAUAAAGAUGAUUUCUCUGUGGUCAACAGGUUUGAGAAUCAUGGUGGAGGAUGGGGCUAUUCUGGUCACAGUAUUGAAGCAAUCCGGUUCAUGUGUGAUACAGACAUCCUACUGGGCGGAUUUGGACUGUUUGGUGGCAGGGGAGAGUACUAUGGUAGAAUCAAGUUAUUUGAGCUUGGUCCAGAUGGUGGGGAGAAUGAGGCUGAUGGUGAGGUGAUUGCUGAAUCAGAGGAAGUUGCUUUUGAAUGUGGAGCCAGGGAGAAGUAUCCAAUGCUGUUUGAUGAGCCAGUUCUUCUUCAAGCUCACAGCUGGUAUGUUGCUCUAGCCAAGAUUUCUGGACCUAGCAGUGAUUGUGGUUCUAAUGGUCAGUCUGUGGUCACUGCAGAAGACCAAGUUGUGUUUAAGUUUAAAGGUUCCAAGAAAUCCAACAACGGUACAGAUGUGAAUGCUGGUCAGAUACCACAGUUGUUGUAUAGACUACCAUCUCGAGAUAACACAACAGUACCAAGAAAAUCCGACACCACAGAGUCAGCUCUUAUACUGAGUCAAGAUUUCUCGUGUACUGUGUCACCUGAGAAUUUUGAAGCCCUAUUGAAGUUGCUGGAGUGGAGUUGGAACACAUUUCACUCUAUAGCCCAGGACUUGGACACAUCACGUGGCAGCAGUCAUCUAGGGGCUAUCACAGACCUACAGAAGCUGGUGUACAUUAGCAGGGCAUGUCUUAGAUUGUUGAAAACCUAUAUAAAUGAAGUCUAUCCUGAUGGAGUAUUGAUAAAGAAGAUGACAGCAGAAACAGAGAGACUUGCACACUGUGUUGGUAGUUCCCAGGACCUGCUGCGGCGUAUACUAGCUGACGAGAUCAAACCAAACCUGUUGAAGUUCCAGGUGUUUGUAGACGAGCCACCAGGGGCGCAGAUCUCCUCACCGUUUGUUAAUGAUAUACUGAACGAGUGUCACCUGACUUUCCGGUCAUGUUUUCAUGCUUUCUAUCCUACAGGCAUGCUCAAAUGGUUGUGCUUGUGUGAUCUUCUACAACACCUGGAACCUAGUAUGGUGAAUGCAGGAGGAUAUGGCCGUUUACUGGCUGCCAUCAUGGAGGCCAUGUGUCACCCAACAAUCAAACUAACAAACAUAAUGCCAAUCAACUGUGAGCCUCAGACUGAGGAAAUCUUACGUAAACAGUCAACUGUUGUGAUGGAUGAUAAUACAAAUAGUGUAGCUAGAAUGGGAGAUAUUCACAGAUUCCCUCUCCUUGUUGAUCAUAUGACCAACAGAAUUGAGACUUCUGGAAUUGGGAAUAGUCAUAUAGCUUUCAAGGAAGUUUUAGAUCGUCUAUUAAUGAUUGUGUCAUACCCAGUACGACAAACACUGAUCAGAGACGAGUCACCGUACCCUAGUGUACUUGUUGCCAACACUUGCUCACUUCUAUCUACCAUAGUCAGUGAACUAGCUACAACUGCAACCGGAUUAGAGACUGAUGUAACAUCAACAACAAGACCUAUGCUGGUAACUCCUAAUAGGUUUACACGUACCAGUCAGACAGCGUAUUGGAAUACAGGGAAUGGUUCCCCGGAUGCUAUAGAGUUUAUGGUUGACAAGCCGGGCAUCGUAAUAGCAGGAAUAUGCUUGUAUGGAGGGGAGGGAGCCUACAACUAUGAACUGGAACUCCUUGAUGAGCAAAGCAGUGCACAGAAUGCUGAACCGUCCCACACACAAAGAUGGCACAGUAUUGAGAUUGCUAAAGGAACAUACGGUCCUGAAGAUUGUGUGAAUGAAUUAGCAGAAAUCAAGUUUGAUAAACCUAUUCCUAUUAAAGAAGGAGUCAAGUUUGCAAUCCGUCUUCGUAACCGUGGUUUCCAGAGAACAUUUAAUGGUGAUGGAGGUAUAAGCAAGGUCAAAUGUCCUGAUGGCACCACCUUCACAUUUACAGCUUGUUCCCUCAGUAGUAAUGGAACCAAUCAUAUGAGAGGACAAAUUCCUCAAAUAUUAUAUUACAGUGCUCCACAAGAAGGUGAGCAACACCAGCAGAAUACAAAGAACUUGGCUGAACUUCAGGCUAGGAAGAAUGGUAUAGAUAUAGUGAGUGCAAUAUGUAGAGUGGCCACUGACUUACUACAGCGAGCACAGAGUAUACCAUCAGAGGUUGUCAAGGAUACUCUUGGUUCUUCACAGUUGUUCAAGUCCCUCCUUCCACUCUGUCUAGCUUACAUUGGACCAGUAGCAUCACAAGAUCCAAGGGGAGCUGUGCAGGUGUUGGGGUUAAUACAGGAGAUUUUACCUGCCCUGACAACGUUGAUAACCCAGGUAUUUCCUGCACCACCUAAAUCCGAGACAGGGGAGGUAACUAACGGUACAACAUCACAACAUUAUACUAUACUAGAGAGUGAUCACCCCUACAAACCUGCUACUGUAGCUAAUUAUAAGGUAACCUUCCCGGAUACAGUCAAAUGGAUGGUAGUUGAAUUUGAUUCCCAGUGUGGAACUGCCCAGGCAGAGGACACAUUACAACUGUUUGUACCAGGUUAUCAGAAGUUUGAGCCCUCUGCCUCACCAGCACCUAUCAUUGGUGAGGAGCAGGAAACAGCCAAGGUGGCAUAUUGGCCUAUUUUAAAGAAAUUCCAUGGAACAUCAACUUGGCCAAAGAUGUCUGUUGUUAUACCAGGUAAUGAGGUGAUAUUUUCACUAGAGACAGCUUCUGAUUAUGUGAAAGAUGAAAAGUCAUGUUUCUAUGGUUUCAAGUGCUUCAUUGUUGGGUAUGAAUGGAAGAAUGGAGCAGAAGAGACAAUAUGUCACCUGGAGAAGGAACUGAGUUACCUUGGUGGAAUGUGUAGUUCAUCUUUGAUCAAGAAGGAUAUUAUGUUACCUCCUGUCUCAGUUGAAGAAUUAGAGGAAGAUAUGGAUUAUGUUGAAGAAGCAGCACAAAUGGUAUUUGGUGAACAUUCACAAUUGCUGGGUAAAGGAUUUGCUCUGUCGAGACCUCCAACUAUUGUACAAGCAUUAGAGGGUAAUCUACCAUUCUGCUGGCAGAGUAACGAGAGGUCAUUCCUCAAAGAUUACGUCUCUUGUACAAACGGUACUAGUGGAUGCAGAUUAGCUAGAUGGUUGCAACCAGAUUCAUAUGUGGACCCAAAGCAGUGUUCUAUACAGUAUAAUGAGGAGGAUUUAAAAUGUAGCUGGCCCAAUAUCAUCACAGUCUUAACAAAAGAUCAAUACAACCAACAAGUAUAUGCUCCAAAUCUCAAGGUUGAGGUUAGAGCUGUACCCAUUGACCUAGAUCCUUCAGGAGAUGAGUAUAAACGUAUGCGACGACUUAGCCGGCCAGACGAGGGAACAACAACAUUUGGAGGUCAUCCACCACCUUGUCUAGAUACACCGUAUGAAGUUACUGUCAAAGACAAGAAGGAUGCCUUCCAUGCUAUAUGUAUGAUGAAAGCAUAUGAGAACUAUUCAUUUGAAGAGCUGCGUUGGGCGGCCCCAGCUGUUCCCCGGCCCAGUGAGAACAUGUUGGUGAGGUCAGCUGAAGAUGGUACCUAUCAUGCUAACUGGACACCUAGCAGUAUAGGAUUCUAUAACAUAUUUGUCACUAUUGAUGGAUUUGAAACAGGUGAGACGUACAAGGUUGAGGUGAAGGAACCACCACAAGGUGUUACCCCACCCACUCAGUCAUUGAAGAGACAACAGAGAAAACAGAUGAGAAAGUUUGUGGGUAAGAACAGUGCUGGACUGAGAGUGAGAACUAAUCCAUCAUUACAGAGUGAACAGAUUGGUAUAGUUAAACCAGAGGGAGUUAUCUCAUUUAUGGAUGAAGUACACAAUGAUGAUGGAGUAUGGCUGAGACUAUGUGCUGACAGUAUUAAAGAAUGGUGUAACAAUGGCUUUUCUGAUGCCUGGGUGUUACAGUAUAAUCAACACCUAGGAAAAACACUACUUGCACCCCUUGAAGAACCCAAGUCAAUUAUUGAUGAAAUACUCACAGAAACUGUGAAAAAGUUCCAAAUAUAUGGUCAGAAACCAACAACACAACCUGUUCAAGGAGGGCCUGGUGUAUAUGAAGUUAUCAAAUGUGGAUCAUUUGGACAUAAUAUUAGAAACCGUCCUAACCUGAAAGCUACACCUGUAGGGCGUGUUACCAUGGGUAACCAAGUCAGCGUUAUUGAAGAGGUUGUGAAUGUAGAGGGUACCUGGGUAAAGUUAGACCCUGACAGCAUAGAACAGUAUUGUCAGAACAAAGAUGGCGAGGCUUGGGCCCUUGCUAAAUCCAAAGACAACACAGCAUAUCUUCUGCAUGAAUCACAACUGGGCCUCACUCAGCAGUCAUCAGCCAAAGACCCGUUCGCAUUCAACACAUUACCACCCCAGGUGCAGCAAGGCGGGUUUGACUUUGGUCAGAGCCCAGGACAGAGGUAUCCAAUGUUUGGUCAGGAUCAGGGCACAGUGUUUGGAAACAGGAGGACAAGUCCAUUUGCCUUUGGAUCACAGUCUAAUCUGUCAGUGUUUGGUAACUCACCAUUACAACCACAGGCCAGUCUACCACAUGGGUUUGGACUUAUUCCUAACUUUGACCGAUACCAAAGAAGUGAGAUGGGACGUACAUAUUCUUUGCCAGCGUCUGCUACACAUCACCCCCUAUUUUUUAAUUUGGAUCUGGUUCAUUCUUUCCACAAACGCUCUCCUGUUUCCCUCGACCAGGUCACCGGCCCCGGGCCCCCCAAAAAUUCUCUCCAAAAGAGCGCAGUGGAUCCCCCACCUUCCAAGGUGUUCCGUGAAAGUUCUGUCAAGGCUUUAGGCCAGUCACAAAUUGACCAACUAGAGUGGUCGAACCUGGAUUGGCUCUUCAAUAAAGAGCCAAGUGGUCUUGCAGUAAAUAUUGCGGGAAAGGAAUACCGUGCUCUAACACGUGCCAUCAGUCCUAAAAAGCUUGCCCAGCUUAUAGGUGAAAGUCAGGCAAAUGGUAAUGGACCUACCCCUGUCCCAUCACCUCCAGGUUCACCCAAGAAACUUUCGCGCAGUUCCAGUCCACAAACCUCUUUAGACAAGCAAGGUUCACCACGGUCAGGGUCACCAGUUGCUAGAAGUGGAAGUCCAAAACAAUCUUAUUCUCCAGCAAGAGUGAGCUCUGUAGCUUCAGAAACUUCACAAGCCUUUGUCACACCACCAAGUAGCCCUUUGACAACAAGGAAAGGACAAUUAAGGAAGGAAGCAUCUAUCGACAGACCUUCAGUGUCACCACCAGGGUCACCACUGGUCCGCCACAGUGCAAGUGAAGGAACUGAACAGAGGGAUGAUCUAAGUCAGGGUACCCUCAGUCCUCGAUUCUCAUCUCCUAGCAGAAUCAGUCCACAAGGAAGCCCUAGAAGAUCAGGCAGUCCACAUGUUAGCUCAAGCCCUUCACGAGCCCAGGCAGGGUCACCAUCCCUUACAGGUCAAGGAGGUGAAGGUGUUAAAGUUGCCUUUAAUAUAGGAGCAACGAAUAAAGAGGAAACAGCGGGAAGACUGUCACCAAAAAAUAUUAGGAAAGAUAGAGGUCGUCAACUGAGAUCCAAGCGAGAAAGGGCAUCUUCACCUUCCCAGCGUGACCUUGGACCAGUGUCAAGGGCCCGGGCAUUUUCUGCCUCCAUGGUGAUGGACAGACCAAAGCAUUAUGUGAAGGAAGCUAUGUCUCCAUCAGUAGCAGAGACUUUACGUGCAGUGUUUGCUGCCUUUUUAUGGCAUGAGGGCAUUGUUCAUGAUGCCAUGGCAUGUGCCUCGUUCUUGAAAUUUAAUCAAAAUUUAACAAAAGAGAUGUCAUUAUUGAACAAGUCAAAAAAGCCAGAGAAACAAAAGGAAAGGGUGCGUCAUGCAACUGACUCAAGUAAAGAUCAGACAAAAAAGAAGGAAAAUAUAAAUGAACCACGAGUCCGGUUUAAGAUUGAUGCUAAGGUGAAACCUGAAGAAAAACCUGAAACACAUUAUUCAGACUCUGAGAAAAAGAAAGAUUCGGGUAAAUAUAAAUCUGAUACAAAAACUGUUGAACAUUUUCUUCUGCCAGAAAAAUCAAUGACUGUUGAGAAAGAAACCCAAUUACCAACAACUUUACAACAUUUAGUUUAUUUCUGGGAUGAAUUGUCGUCUGCUACAUUGCGGGUCAUAGUUCAAGAACUUGUUUACCCUAGUCCUGCUAUUGCAAUAAAAAGCAAGAAACCUGAAAAGAAAGAUGAAAAGAAGGAUAAAGACAAGAAAAGUAAGAAGAAGAAAGAAGUAAAGCAGAUGGGAAGGGCUGGAAUAUUUGCUGAGGCAAUAGCUAUGGGUGUCUAUGGAGGUGGGGUAGAGAGAGAAUCUAAUUGUGAACUGUGCAAUGGAAUGUUCCCUCACCCAGUCACUUAUCAUAUGAGACAGGCUCAUCCUGGGUGUGGCAGGCAUGCAGGUGGGAAGGGCUACAACAGUGGAGGGAAUUUCUGUGACGGUUGGGCAGGGAAUUGUGGGGAGGGUGGAGUGGGCGGAAGCAGCUGGUAUCUUAUCUGUGACAAAUGUCGGGAAAAAUAUUUAAAGGAGAAACGGCAUGCCCAGAAAGAAAAAGAUAAAAAUAAGAAAGGCAAGAAGAAGAACACCAUGUCAAGACAACAGAAUAUCAUGCUACCUCUAGAACCCCACAUUAUCUUGAAGAAUAAUGCUAUGUUUUUACUGGAUCUCGCAAGUGCUUCAGGAUUUCAGUUACCAACACAGAGUCAGAAGAAAGUGUCGCCAAAUCAUGAUUUACUGCUGCCUAGUGUUAUAGAAGAAUAUAGAGUGGAUCUAAAUCCAUUCCCUCAAGUUCCUUUUCAAUAUCUUAUAAGACAGAGUGCACAAAGUUCAGAUUCGGCCUUCGCUGAUGAAUUUUACAUAGAUGCAGACGAAAGAGUUCGAUCUGGAUCAAUGAGUAUGAGGCGACCAGUCCAUUCACUCUCCUAUCGACCUAGACUUCCUACAGAACCUAGACACAGUCCAUUAGCAAGAUCAGGCUCACUGGGCAAGGACCAGAGACCAAUGUCUACUUGUAUUCCACCUACAAGUCCAUUAGAAGGAAGAUUAGAUAUCCUGCACAGUGAUGGUAACAGUCCAGAGUCCGAACCCGAGGGUGCGAAGAAAAGUGCUUUCCAGCGCAGUAUAUCAGAGAUUGUUUCAGAUGAUGAUAGUACAAAUGAUAAAAAUCUUGGCCGUCUUUUCUCACCACGGAGGAGAAAUAAUAGUGGUGGUGUUGGUGAUGGAGGCACGUUAUUGAAGCACCCGUCAGCGGCUAUGACCAAAUUGAUUGGUUCAGUAGACAAGAGCGGUAAUAUCAUGUUACCAAUGAGCAGUCAGGAGAGAGCUCUCAGUCGACCAGUGAUGGCCUUUAUUGUACAAAGACAUGACCUUGAUGGUUUACAGUUAGCUAUGAGGCAAGCUCUGAGAAAAGCAACAUGUAGAGUGUUUGCUUUACAGGCUAUGAACUGGUUGUUACGUAUGGUCACCCAGUCUGUUUGUAUACAUGAUCUACUAUGGUUUUUUGUGUCGGCAUUGAGUCCUGGAGAAGACGAGUCUGAGGAGGUUCUGGAGGAAGUCAAAGAUGGACAGAAGAAUGAACCUGCAGUUAAAGAAGUAAAGAAAGAACCAAAGAAAGAUCAGGAGGAGGUUCCAGUUUGUGAUCACCCGAUGGCAGAUAUUACUAUUGCUGGUAAAUCUGUUGAUCCAUUACCUGAGACUUUCCAUGCCUUCCUACAGUCUAUAGCUGAUGUUACCAUGUCAUUACCUAUUGGCAGUAUUAUACAGCAAAUGGCAUUACGUUGUUUCUGUAUGAAGUUCCAGCAGUCAGAUCACCAGUUUCUGCACGAGAGUCACGUGUUUAGUAACAUCAGUCAGAUACUGAGUAAAUCUGAUGAAUUAGCAGAGGAAAGUAAUGGUGAACUUCAACAGUCUCCGUACAAAAUAAUAUCUCUAAAAGAUCUUACACCAACAGCUGAGAUAAAAGCUUCCAGUAGACAGGCAAUGAUUGCUAGUCUCACAGAUAAUUCAACUGAAACAUUCUGGGAGAGUGGAGAUGAAGACAGGAAUAAACUGAAGACUAUCACAAUAACAUGCCAGGGUCAGGCCAAUCCUAGAAUUAUAUAUGUACACAUAGAUAACACCAGAGAUCUUGCAAAUAAGGUAUCCAACAUCACAUUCAGUGCUGGUCCGGCUGUAGAAGAGAUGAAGAAGGUAUUUCAGACUGAAGUUGACACACGACAUAUAGGCUGGAUCAACUGUCCUAUCCCCGAGGAGGAUUGUAAGUGUAUCCAGUUAUCAAUGCGUGGUCCUGAUCAUAGUUUGAGAGUACGACAGGUAAAGGUGCUAGGUGACAGGAUAGACUUGCCGGUGAAGAAGAGUGCCGCACAGAUACAGCAGAUGAACUGUGAGUCAGAGACAUUGAAGGUGUUUAGACUCCUCACAUCCCAGGUAUUUGGCAGAUUAAUAGACAAGUUAGAUAGUAAGAAGACACCAGAUUCUUGGGAUCAACCGGAUAGUGAACCAGACCUGAAAGAACAUAUGGUUGGAAUUCUCUUCAGUCGCAGUGGUAAACUCUCGCAUCUUCAGAAACAGGUGUGUUCACAUAUUGUACAAGGUAUUAAGAAGGAGACUAUGAGAGUCAGGGAUGAAUGGGAGUCUUCUUUACUCAACAAAUCAGAGUCUCAACAAGACCUCAAAUCAAGUGAUAUGUUUUGUUUUGAGUUGGUAUCAAUGGUAACAGCAUUAACUGGUUCAGGUGUAGGAAGAGCAUAUCUUGCCCAGCAAUAUGGUUUACUCCAGGAUCUGUUUAGCCUUUUGCACACAGCUUCUCCAAGAGUACAAAGACAGGUUGUGUCUGUAUUACGCCGUGUUUUACCUGAUGUGAAGCCCCAGACAUUAGCUAACAUUCUGUCAGUACCGGCACUACCACCAGUGGAGUACAGUAUAGUCAGUAUGGCCAGUAAAGAAGAGGGAGACCGUGGGUUUGAUCCUCAGAAGCCAUGUAUCCUAGAUGUGUUCCUUGCCUGUAUUGCAAAGGCACUCACAGUGCAGAUGAAGGUCAAGGCUGCAGGGCCACACAAGGGAAUCAGUUCAUUAAUGUUGGCAGAUGCAAUAACAGAACAGUCUAUGAUCACUGCAACAGGACCUCGCUGGUGGUUGAGAGGAAGAAUGUCCAGUAGUCUUGCUAACAAUGUGAUAUCCUUGGUUCAAGAUAUGGCAAGUGGUAAUUUAUCAGAGAAUUGGAAAGAUGUUACCAAGGCAGCCAUUGCUGAAGCUAUUCUAGCAUUAACUAAACUGGAAGAGACACUUAGAGUACCACAGUCUUGUAUCAAAACUCCUACUGUAUGGCUUGCACUGGCCUCACUGUGUGUGCUGAAUCAAGAUCAUGUUGAACGUCUAACCUCCGGUGAAUGGGUAAGCAGUCCAAAUGGUACCCAUGGGCAGCCACGGCCAACAUGUGAUAACCAUGACGAUGCCGAGACACCUGCUAUCAUCUUGUGUUCGGAUUGUGGUAAUCUGUGUGCUGAUUGUGACAGGUUCCUACAUCUUCACCGAAGUAAACGUGCACAUCAAAGACAGGUGUUUAAGGAGGAAGAAGAAGCUAUUAAAGUAGAUUUACAUGAAGGAUGUGGUAGAACCAAACUCUUCUGGAUAAUGGCUUUAGCUGACUCAAAAACACUUAAAGCAAUGGUUGAGUUCAGAGAAGGGAAAGGUAAGUCGUCCACAGCACUUGGCAAAGCUGGCCCAGGAACAUGUAGAUUCUGCGGUACCACAAGCAACACUGGUGUACUGGCCAUUGGUAAUGUCUGCUCAGACCCAGACUGUCAGGCCUAUGCAGAAGAUGCCUGUAAUAAGACAUUAUCUUGUGGACACAUGUGUGGUGGUAUUAAGAGUGAGGAACCAUGCUUACCUUGCCUACAUCGUUGUCGUGCAGACGACCAGGAAAUAUUGAAACAAGACUCUGAUGACAUGUGUAUGAUCUGCUUCACUGAAGCGCUGUCGGCUGCUCCUGCUGUACUGUUAAAGUGUGGUCAUGUCUUCCAUCACCAUUGUACCAAGAUGGUGUUAGAUAAGAGAUGGGUCGGUCCUAGAAUUACAUUUGGUUUCUCACAUUGUCCUAUUUGUAAGAGCAAUAUUGAUCACCCGGUGUUAAGAGAUUUGUUACGACCUAUACAACAGCUGUAUGAAGAUGUACAUAGGAAGGCUUUAAUGAGGCUGGAGUAUGAAGGGUUACACAAAGCUGAUGCUAUCAUCACACCAGGAGCUAGGUUUUACAAAGAUCCUGCUGGUUUUGCAAUGGACAGAUAUGCCUACUAUGUUUGUUAUAAGUGCAAAAAGGCAUAUUAUGGAGGUGAGGCUCGCUGUGAUGAGCAGAUAGGGGGUGGAGAUCAGUUUGAUCCUACUGAACUGGUGUGUGGGGCAUGCUCGGAUGUUACCAUGGCUCAGAUGUGCCCGAAGCAUGGUACAGAUUUUCUUGAAUACAAAUGUCGCUACUGUUGCUCUGUGGCAGUAUUUUUCUGUUUCGGGACAACCCACUUCUGUAACCUUUGUCACGAUAACUUUCAACAAGUGACGAGUAUUCCCAAAUCCGAGCUACCGAAGUGUCCAUGUGGCCCUCGCGGCAAACAGCUUGAAGGUGAUGAAUGCCCUCUACAUGUUAAACAUCCUCCAACUGGUGAAGAAUUUGCCCUCGGAUGUGGAGUGUGCCGUAAUGCUCAUACGUUUUAGAAGAAGAUACAUUUUUGUUUUGGCAUAAGUUAAUGUUGUUACAGAAACAUUUCAAUAUUUUACAAAUUGUGAAAUUAUGUGACAUUUUCACUAAGCAGUACUUUUAAAGGACACUAUAUCUUUUCAUGAAUGUUACAGCAAAUAAGUACAUGUAUAUCAGUUUAAGUUUUUUGUAGAAAUGAAGAACAAACAGGUUAAAGCACUAUGUGUAAUUUAUGUAUUUUGCGCUAUAAAUUUAUAGAGCUUAAGUUCAAGCCAAGUCUUUAGUUUUUAUUUGUUAAGUUCACUCAUUAAUUGAUGUUAAUUUAGAUAACUUUUUAAUCAAACUAGAUAUUGAUGAUUUUAAAAAAAAAUGAAAGAAUUUUUAUAUUUAAGAAGGCAUAUAGUUUUUGCAGAAUUGGUCUGUCCUUCUUUUUUUCUCCCUUUUGUCCAUCCACACUUCGUGACUGAUCCAUAACUUUGUGAUUGAAAUUAUGGAUGGAUUUUAAAAUGAUUUUGCAUAAAUGUGAAGCACAUUGAGACAAUGUGUUGCAUGCAAGACCAAGGUCUGUUUCUUAAAGGUAAAGGUCACACAUUGACCUCAGAGGAAAAUUUUCAUAAAAGUGCAUUUAUGUUUGUGUCCGGUCAACAAUAAUUAGGUCUGUAGUUCAAAGGUCAAGGUCACAUUGAAAGUCAUGACAGGGAUUUUUAUUAAAAUUCACUGAUGAAGGUGUCCGGUCAACAAUUACAUGUCUAUCAUUCCUAGAUGGAAUUUAAAGUAACUUGGUUGAAGUGUGUUUGACAAGAUUAAGACUUGUUGCACACAAGAAUUUAAGUCUCAAGCUCAAAUCUCAAAGUCACACUUUCAUUUUGAAAGUCCUGAUAUGAUUUUUAUUCAUAAAAGUGCACUUAUGGCCGCACCCAGUUAACAAUUAUCUCAUUCCUGAUGGAUAUAGUACAUAAAGUACAUGGUAAUGACGAUCUAUAUCUCAAAGGUCAAGGUCACUCUGGGUAUUCUUGUAACUUCCCUUUAUAGUAGCCAUGCAUUUGUUUAUAGUCAAAAGUCAUGGCCCUUUAAGUUUGCUCUGCAUGGGGAAGGAGUGGGGGCUGGCAUUUGACAGGUCUUGUUAGACAUUUAUUAAAAAUUGUGACAGCUAAAACAAUUUAUAUUGUCAUCAUAUGCUAAUGCUGUCUAAAUAAGGAAAUUUGCAGAAAUUUAUUUUGCAAAAAGUUUUUUUGUAAUGAUAAUUGUGCUUAUAAAUUCAUGUCUAAAGUUAACAGUUAUGUUUAGAUGUUUGUUUUAGAUAUAAAGAUUAUGCUGUGCAUGUUGUUUUAUGUGCUAUUUUCAAUAAUUACCCGAGCUGUAUAAAGUUUCAUUUAUGCGCUUUCCCAUGAAAUACUAUUAAUGCCCUAAAGUUAUGACUGUAAGAUCAAGGUUCUUUCAAUACCACCACAGCUAAACUACAAUUGUGUUUAUGGGAUUAUGUUUGUUUUUUUCUGUGAUAUUUUCAAAUAAAUCUUUAUAACAUCAAACAA